AGGCGGCGGGCUGCUAGGCGCCACCACGCUGUGGACGAGCACCAUUGCAUUUUCUGCUCUUGCUUUGGACCCCCUGCCUCAACUCUGAUCGAAAUGGACCCCAACUGCUCCUGCUCCACUGGCGGCUCCUGCACCUGCACCGCCUCCUGCAAAUGCAAAGACUGCAAAUGCACCUCCUGCAAGAGGAGCUGCUGCGCCUGCUGCCCCAUGGGCUGCGCCAAGUGCGCCCAGGGCUGCGUCUGCAAAGGAGCAUCGGACAAGUGCAGCUGCUGUGCGUGAUGGGGGGGAGCCUGCUCCCCGAUGUAAACAGAGCAACGCGUGCAAACCUGGAUUUUGUGAUUUUUUUCAUAACCCCUGAACCGAUUGCUAUGUUCCUUCUGUAUGAAAUACCCAAAUGAUAAUAAACUUAUCUGUACA